UCCUCCCUCCCCCUUUAUAUUUCUUCCCUGCAGUGUGCUCGAAAGGGUGAGUGGCAGUCGGCCACAUCGAUGUACGACUUCCACGCACUGGAUAUUGACGGCAACGAUGUCUCGCUGGAGAGAUACAGGGGCACCGUCUGCAUCAUCACCAACGUGGCCUCCCAAUGAGGCAAGACUGACGUAAACUACACUCAGUUUGUCCAACUGUAUAGUAGAUACGCUGAGAAAGGUUUACGCAUUCUAGCCUUCCCCUGCAACCAGUUUGGCAAGCAGGAGCCCGGUACCGAGGAAGAAAUUAAAGCAUUUGCUGAAAGCUACGGGGUGAAAUUCGACAUGUUUAGCAAGGUUGAAGUCAAUGGGGAUAAUGCUCAUCCUCUCUGGAAGUGGCUGAAAAACCAACCCAAAGGCAGAGGCACUCUAGGAAAGUGAGUUCUCGCUGCCCCCAGUUCUGAACAAGUCUCUGAAAUGGGCAUAGCUAAUAUACCACACACACUGAUUGAUUUAUUUUUAAUUAAAAUAAAUGUCAUAAAGCAAGGGUUUUUAGAAGUUGACAACUUCAAUCCGUGUGGACUUCAACUCCCAGAAUUCCCCAGCCAGCCUGUUGUAAUCUAUUUGAAGGUUUAAUAAUGAUAUGAUGUUGUUAGUUGCGAAGUC